CAGAACAAUAUUCUAGAAAGCCUAUAAAUUUUUUCCCAUUUUUUAUCAAAAUAUUCUUGAAUGUACGUCGAACAAAAUAUGAAAAUGCAGAAAAAGGGCUCAUCAAAUUCUGGUCGGAGAGCAUGGAAUAUCCUUCAUUUAGCCCUUUUAUGGGCAAGAAAAGGUGACAUAUUCAGAAACAAAUUCUCCAUAAGUUUAAGCUUACUUCAAAAAGGUGUUAAGAGUCUCCGCCACCCAAAAGGCGGCAGCGGCGCCCUCAUUUACGGCGAGCGUCAACUCUCCUUUGACCAAACUCCGAUCAUCCAUGUCAAAAUGCACCGCCCUUCUUCUCUCCGGUUCAAGAUGCCACACAUUCCCUGCAUUAGUCGCCAUGUGGAUUUUGAUUACGAUUUUGAGUUCAAUGAUAAUGAGGACAGAAUUUAUUACAGUGAUGUACCCAGAAAGAGUUUCUUAAAGGGAGUAGAGGAUCAAAAUUAUGAUCAUGAACUUAAUCGAGUCAGCGAAGAAAUUUAUGAGUCUUCUGAUGAAGGAAUUGAUUUGAAAGCUGAGCAGUUUAUAGCAAAAUUCUAUGAGCAAAUGAAGAUGCAGAGACAGAUAUCUUAUCUACAGUACAAUGACGUGCUUAACAAAUCUUCAACUUGAUCAAUGUAUACCUACACUAAGACACAGGACGUGGUUUGAACAAUCUAUUGGUUUCAUAUACACUCUGUUUUUGUACUUUUUUGUUUUGGCGACAAUUUUAGAAGAGUUAUGGGCGGCAUUUUUUGGUAGAUACUUGAGGUUUUAGUAUUAAUGCUGUUUAGUUUUUAAAGAAUAAUUCUUUUAUACAUUUCAAUAAUGCGUUUGACGCUUUAUAUUAUAAA